UCAUAAACAAGCCAGGCAAUUUGCACUAUUACUUAACCAUAGCACUAUUUAAUCAGAAACAACUGACACGUCUGUUGCUUUGUAGGCACUUCAUUCAACUGGUGCUCUCUGCUGAGCCUUCAGGGAGGCUUCUGAAAUAUAAUUCAGUCACUAAAGAAACAACAGUCCUCCUUAGAGACCUUCAAUUCCCUAAUGGCGUCUCCCUAAGCAAGGACAGAUCUUUCCUUAUAUUCAGUGAAGGCAGUCGUGGAAGGUUGAGUAGAUAUUGGUUGAAGGGUGACAAGGCUGGGACAUCUGAGGUUUUUGUUCAGCUGCCUGGUUUUCCAGAUAAUGUGAGGACAAAUGAUAAGGGAGAAUUCUGGGUGGCAAUACAUUGCCGCGCCACCAGAGUUGCCUAUAUCUUGAGCACAUAUCUCCGGUUGUCAAAAUUUCUGCUGAAACUUCCAAUUCCAGCAAGAUUGCAGUUCUUGGUGCGUAUUGGUGGAAAGCUUCAUGCGGUUAUUGCCAGGUACAGCCCUGAAGGAGAGCUGCUUGAAAUGUUGGAGGAUCGAGAAGGAAAGGUGGUUAGAGCUGCCAGCGAAGUUGAGGAGAAGGACGGGAAGCUGUGGAUUGGAUCCGUCUUAAUGCCAUUCAUAGCCGUAUACACAUUAGAGUAAUGUUUACUCUCAUUUUGCAUCCUUUUUUUUUCAUGCGGUUUAAGCCUUCGGAUCUCAAUGCAUAUGGCCGGAAUAAGAUCAAAGUUUUUUUUUUUUUUUGGUUAAAUU